AUGGUUCCAGAGUGCCUUGGGAAUACUUCUUUGAGAAAGGUAUAUCUAAAUUCUAACAAAUUUGUGUCUCAUAUGCCCUCAUCUUUGUGUAGUCUCAUUGAUAUCUUGGCUCUAGACUUAUCGUGUAAUGCCUUGAGUGGAUCAAUUCCACAUGAGGUAUCAAACCUGAGAGCACUUUUAGUAUUGAAUUUGUCCAGAAAUCAAAUAUCAGGAAUCAUUCCUCCAACUAUUGGUGGCUUGCAAACUCUAACAAACCUUUCUUUGGCCGAAAACAAAUUACAAGGGCCUAUUCCUGAUUCGUUCAAGGGAAUGAUAAGCAUGGAGUUUAUGGAUCUUUCCCAUAAUUACUUGUUUGGUGUGAUUCCAAAGUCUUUGGAGUCAUUAGUCAAUCUUAAAUACCUUGAUCUUUCCUAUAAGUUACUAUGUGGGGAAAUUCCAGAUAGUGGGCCUUUCCAAAAUUUUACUGCUGAAUCUUUUAUGAUGAACAGAGAUCUUUGUGGGAAACCCCAAUUCCAAGUCCAAUCAUGCAAGGAAGGACACAAGCACAUAGCAAACAAAGUGAUGUUAUUAGUAAAAUGCUCAUUGCCAAUCAUUGUUGUCAUUUUGGUUGUUUCAUGCAUUUUCUUUCUUAAGCAUAAGAGAGAUAAUGUCAAUUAUUCAAUCCGUAGGGAUUUAACAAAUUUGGGGACACCAAUUAGGAUAUCAUAUUAUGAGCUUCUACGUGGAACAAAUGGAUUUGAUGAGAAGUAUGGAUCAAAAGGAGUUGUUUUUGUCAAAGGAGAUGUGUAUACUUAUGGCAUUUUGCUUAUGGAAACGUUUACAAGGAAGAAGCCAACAGAUCAAAUGUUUGUUGAAGGAUUAAGUUUAAAGCAUUAG